CUACUUAGCCCGCUACUUCUCUUUGCAAGCUGUUUUAAUCCACCGGCCUUUCACUUUUCCGAGCGCCGGCCGGGCCUGCUCCGCAAGCGCUGGCCCGGGCAGUUCCGCCCCGGGGGAGCCCGGGCCGGCUCCCGCUGCGGGCGGCCACGGCCCUGCGGCUCAGCCGCGCCCCCCGUGCCCGGCACAUGGUACGUGCCGGCGCCCCCCGCGCGGCGGCGGUGGAGCGGCCCGGCGGCGGCGGCGAGGCCGGACUGACUUCCAUGAUGUUGAGAGGAGUCGCUCACGGUGCAAAAGACACGUUCACUCUUCUGUUGACAAGAUCUCAGAGCCGUAACCCAGGACCGAAGCUUUCAUCAGUGUGGCCUGACAUAACAAACAAAAGCUUCCUAAUACAUUCCAGUAACACAACUGAUACCAAGUCAAAAGAAGAAAAUAAAAAAACCCUUGAGAAUCUCUACAGUUUGUCAGUUGACAUAACGAAGAUACGCAGACUGAAGGAAUGGGUCCUUCUCCAGGAUGUGGCCUAUGUUAAAGAAAUUGCUGGUAUCUUACAGGAAAUGGGAGCAGACGAGACCACUGUAGCCAACAUUAUAGAACGCUGUCCGGAGGCAAUUCUUCACACCCCAGCAGAGAUAAACUCUCAAAGAGCUUUAUGGCAAUUAGUAUGCCAGAAUGAAAAACAGCUGAUUAAAUUAAUAGAGCAAUUUCCAGAAUCUUUUUUUACUACUGAGUAUCAGCAGAACCAGAAGGCAAACAUACUAUUUUUUCAAGAGCUGGGACUUAAGAAUAAUAUAAUCACCAGGUUCUUGACAAGUGCACCCAAUAUUUUCUAUAACCCUGUUGAGAAAAACAAAACUGUGAUAGAGACAUUACAAAGAAAUUAUUUAAAUUUAGGGGGUUCUGAAGCAAAUAUGAAGAUCUGGAUACUGAAGCUAUUGAGCCAAAAUCCAUUUAUUUUAUUAAAUACUUCCACCACAAUCCAGGAGAACUUGGAAUUUCUCCAAAAGAAUGAUUUCACUGACCAGGAAGUCCUACAGCUGCUAUCCAAACUUAAAGGAUUCAUUUUUCAACUUAAUUCUACCACUAUGCAGAAGAGUAUUCUUUUCUCCAAAAACACCUUCAAGUGCAGUGAUCAAGAACUAAAACAACUAGUGCUGAAAUGCCCAGCCCUUCUCUACUAUUCUGUUCCGGUUUUGGAAGAAAGACUUGAAGGACUACUGAAGGAAGGUAUUUCUAUAGCACAGAUUAGAGAGACACCAAUGGUGCUGGAGUUGACAACACAAAUCGUUCAGUACCGAAUUAAAAAGCUCUCUGCAUUAGGAUAUGAUAUAAAGAGUGGAAAUCUAGAAAGCUUGAAUGGUACUAAAAAAGAUUUUGAAGUUACUUAUGGUAAGAUACAAUCAAAGAAGGAGAGACCAAUUUUUAAUCCUGUUGCUCCUCUACACAUUGAAGAUUAAUUUGAAUGCUGUACUUCAAGUUAUGCGAAAGCAAAUUAAAAGGGAAGUUGGUUCUUCAAGAAGAGAUGGAAGAAAAGCAAUCUUAAUCAAGUCUGUAGUCUUACAAUGUACUUUGUCCAGGAGGGGGUCUUAGGCACAACUUCAGUGUACAAUUGUAGUAUUCUAAUGCUUUCAAAUAAUAUCAUAGAAGUUACA